AUGACCAUGUCGCCCACUCAAAGGCUCACCGUGUCUCGAGGCGGUCCCGCAACAAACAGCUACGUCUGGAGUCCCUUUGUUACCAAGCUUGAAGCACGUCUUCGCUUCGCUGCGUUCAGCUACAGCCGCGAUGCUGGAUCCCCGCGGUCAGCACCCAAGAGAAAAAUCCCCUACGUCCAAUUCCCAGAUGCGACGACUCUAGGAGAUUCGACUCUGAUCAUCAAGUACUUGGUGGAAAGAGAUGCACUCCCGGAUCUCAACGCAACCCUGAAGCCCGCUCAGAAGGCGCACGAUCUCGCGAUUCGAGCAUUGCUGGAGGAUAAGCUCUACUUUUAUCACGGCAAGGAGAAGUGGUGCGAUAACUACACGACCAUGCGCGAUGGAGUCUUGGCAGCCAUACCGUGGCCCAUGCGGAUGAUCAUUGGAUACAUUGCACAGAGAGGCGCUAUUCAGAUGCUGUAUGGCCAGGGCACGCUGCGCCUACAGGAUGACGAGAUCACAAUGCUGAUGGCUGAGAUCUGGGACAACGUCGAAGCUCUACUCCAAGAGGCUAAGGUGUCUAGAAAAGAAGAACAAGGGCCAUUCUGGGCGCUGGGUGGCAAAGAACCAACGGAAGCUGAUGCUACCCUCUUUGGAUUCGUGGUUGGGGCGCUCGUCUGUGAUGCGUGGGUGCCCUCGCUUGAAAGAACUGGCCAGUGA